AUGCGCGUGGAGGACAGCCGCCUCCCCAAGCGCAUGCCGUUAGGAGCGAUUGCGGGGGGCGUGGGAUACCCGGGCGGGCAGGAGGGCGACUGGGUGUCUCGUCUAGGAGAGGACCUCGUGGCCUUCAACAUGGGAGACGAAAAGGAAGGGGGGUAAAUGGAAAGGGAGCGCUAAGGAUCCGGAGGUGUGGUACAACAAGUUCGAGGACGGGGCGGCAUGGUUCAUGAGGAAAUGGCACGGGCAG